CCAACCCAGGCCGUCCCAGAGCAGAGCACCACCCAACGCCGGACGCAGACGCAGAGGCCCGGCGCGCCGGUCGGUCCCCUCCCAUGCUCGCCGGCGUCGGCCGCCGCUGAUGCCCAGCCUGCCCAAGGACCGCCCCGCUGGCCGCCUCGGCCGCCUCAUCUCCGCGCUCCGCCCCGCGCGCACCGGCCCGCUCCCCGUCCAGACCGGCUUCCCCACCUCCCUCGCCGACCUCUUCGUCAAGAACCAUGGCCGCCUCAAGAAGCAGGGCCCCUCCUCCAACAGGCGCAAGCGGCGCGGCGCUCCCGCUCUGCCUUCUUCCCCCGAGCCCUCUCCCCCGGCCCCCUCCCCACCUCCCUCGCCUCCGCCGGCCGCCGUCUCCCCGCCGUCGGCCCAGCCAAGGCCCGGCCUUCCGCUGGCGGAGCCCGUCUGCCGCCCCGGAGGCGGGGCCGCAGGGCUCGGCCUGGGAUUCCUCGCGCUCGUCGGCGUGGCGUCCCUCGCCCUCCUCGUGAUCUGGAGCAGGAAGGUGGUUGCGGCCGUCACCGUCGCCGCCUUCUCGCUCUUCCUGCUGGAAUCCGUCAGGCCGUCCUCGCUUCGCCGGAGGCCCCGGCCCCCGGCGCUGGAUAUCGACGGCCGCGGCUAUGUCUCCCCGAUCCGGGAGGCUGAGCCGGACCCGGAGCCGCCGGGAUCGAGCUUCUCGGACUCCGGCAGGGGGAUCAGCGCCUCCAUCCUCGGCAUUGAAGAGGCGGGCGAGGAUUCGUGCCGUUGGGAGGCGAAGCCGAGGAAGAGGUCGCCAUGGAGGAAACUAAUCCCCAGGAAAUUGCAGAGCGGCCGGAGGAUCGGCAAGGAGUCGGGCUCCCUGUCUCUAUCCAGCUCUUUCCGCAGCGAGGUCAGCGUGGCGGACUCCACGCUCGGCGGCAAUGGCAAUGCCAAUGCCAAUGCCACCAGGGGGGCGACGGAUCCCGCGGACUCUUGCCGCGGCAGGCGCAGCCAAGCGGCGAACGCCGUGGUGGGCAGGUCGCCGGAUUCGUCAGGCCCUCUCCGCGGCAUCAUGGGCGACGGCGACGGCGCGGUCAUCAGAUCGCUGGACUCGUCGGGCCCCCUCCGCGGCAUCAUGGGCGCCGAGGCGUGCUGCGCGCCGACGGAAACCGACGAGCCGGCCGGUGUCAACGGCGUAGGGGGAGGAGGCCGGUUCCCUUUGGUAGCUGUAAUCCUGGUCGUCCUGGUAGGCCUGGUCGCCGGGAGGCUCCCGGCCGUGGCGCUCACGGUGCUCUGGGCCGUGCUGGUCGGCCGGCUCCAGACGAGAUCGCGGCGGGACGGCGAUCGAUCGGUGUAGGAGCCUCCUCCCGAUCCCCAGGGUUGAUGUAAAUUAGUGAGUGAGUGAGUCGCCAUUAAACAGGCAGGAGUGAGUGGUGGUGGUACUAUAAUCCUUGCAUAAUUUGUUCUUAAGUUAUUGAAAGCUUGAGUGCACUCCAUGAUUCCUGAUA